AUGUCGUUGGCUUCUUGGAGACAGUUCCAGUUUUAUGAGAAUACUCCUAUUCGGGAUCCUUUGCUAGGUACUGAUACGCCUUUGUAUGCGGACCAGACGCUUUCAGCUGCAGCGCCGGUGAGUAAGGAGCGUUUGGUUGUGGCCAUAAGGUCGAAUUUACUGCAAUUGAUUGACUUGGCAGGGUCCUGUAUUGUUCAUGAGUUUAAGGCUUUUGAAGAUGGAUACCAGAUUAAUUAUCUCGAAGUUUUAGGGGACACGUUCCUUGUAGCAGUAGCGGAACAAUUGGGAAAACCAUCGUUGAUUAAAGUGUACAAGUUGGAUAAAUUGCCAAAAAAUGAGUCCUCUUACCAUUCUUUGGUUGAAGUAAAGAAUGGAAGUAAUACUUUUCCCAUCUCUGUGAUCUCUAUUAGUCGGGAUUUGACCUGUAUUGUCGUUGGAUUCGUUAAUGGUAAGAUCCUGCUUAUAAGGGGAGAUCUUUCUCGAGACCGUGGAUCUAGGCAAAGAGUGAUAUAUGAGGACCCGGGGAAGGAACCAUUGACCUCAUUGUGUUUCAAUGAAGAUGCGACCGUUUGUUUCGCCUCUACGACUUCCAGAGUUCUCCUCUUUAAUACUACGGGUCGCAAUAGUGGACAACCAGAUCUUGUAUUGGAUUCGAAAAGAGGUGUGGACUUAAAAUGUGGUGUUUAUAGUCCCUUCACAAACGAAUACAUCUGUAUUUUAAAGGACACUAUGACAUUUUUCAAAGCCAGUGGUGAAAAGAGUUCUCUAACAUUUGAUGUACCAGCUGUACAAAGAAUUUACGCCAUAGAUAGUGACCAUAUUCUUUUGGUGUUACAGGCAGAAUACUCGCAGUCUACAGCAUUGGAAGUUGAGGAAUUAUCUCAGUCAAACGCCAAUAGAGUGAUCAUUGUCGAUGUCAGAAAUAAAGUGGUCGCUUUGAAUAUUUUCAUCUCUAGUGCAGUGAUUGACGUUUUUCUAAGUGAAGCCAUUUACUUGCUUACAUCCGAAGUAUUGAUUUACAGGAUUACAGAGAAGAAAUUGGCAGAUCAGCUUGAAAUUGUGUUCAACAAGGACCUUUUCCCUUUCGCUCUCGAGUUGGCAGAUCAACAUUCGCUGGGAAAUUUGAAGAAGCAAGAGAUUCAUAAGAGAUAUGGAGAUUGGCUCUAUAAGAAAGGUUUGAGAAAUGAAGCUGUUGAUGAAUACAUUCAAUGUUUGGAUGUGGUGGAGACUAGUGAAAUUAUCUCGAAAUUUGGUAUGGUUGAGAGUCCUAAUCCUCAAAGCCUGGAAAAUUUAGCGGAUUUCUUAUGGUCGCUUAUCAAGAAUGACAUGGCAAACGCCGAUCACAUUACCUUGCUUCUGAUAGCGUUAAUCAAGAUGAAAGCUGACGACCAACUCGAAUAUUUCAUGGAUCAUUUCACUAGGUCAGGGAAAUUCUCAGCAGAAACAAUCGUCGAAGAUUUAGACGAAGAGGCAUAUUUCUAUUCGGACAAGACACUUUUUGACCUCGAACUCGUCGUUCGUUUACUGCAAGAAUCGAACUCUUCAAAAUUAGCUUAUCAAAUGGCCUCCAAAUAUGCUAGAAAUCCCGCUCUCAUCGUGGAGAUUCUUCUCACAUCUCUUAAUGACCCUCAUUUGGCGCUGAAAUAUAUCAAGAGUUUGUCUAUUGAUGACACUCUAAGAGUUUUAGUCACAUUUUCAAGACAGCUACUUGAGGAACUACCCAAUGAGACUAACCUCCUUUUAAUCGACGUAUUUACAGGCAAGUUUGAACGCGAUACUAGCAAUUCGAAGAUUUCACAGGAUUUAAAUCAUAAAGAAUCAGAGCAUACAACAACUGUCUUCUACAGUUACAGGACAUUUUUGGGCUAUAUGAACAACAAGAUGGGAAAUAACAACGAAGAAAACGGCGAAAUGGUCAAGACCGCACCCACGUACCAUCCACCAAAACCUUCUUUAAUAUUUACUUCUUUCAUCUCCAAACCUUUUGAAUUUGUUGUCUUCCUUGAAGCAUGUUUGGAAAGCUAUCGCCUUUAUGAAGGUUCUCGGGAGGACAAGCAGGUAAUUUUGACAACGCUUUAUGACCUUUAUUUAUCGUUGGUGAAGGAUGAUGUGCCUGAGCGGCGAGACGACUGGAAAGCAAGAGCGGAUCAAGUCCUAAGACAGAGUAACGAGUUGAGCGCAGAUGACUCUACCAUUUCCUCCGGAAAACCAGCUGAUAACUCGUUGAUGAUGUUGGUCGCUCACAUGAAUCAAAUGGAUAUUUAUGCUGUGGGUGACCGCAAUAAACCGGACGACCAUAAUACAGAACUCGACAGUCUCCAAAAGGCAAGUUUGGUCAAUACAAUGAGAUCUUUGAUUUUCGUGGAUGAGGCCGUUAAGUGCCUUGAGUUUCUUGAGAAAUACCAGGAACAAGAGCCAUACUUAUAUCGUGUUGCUCUCACAUACUUCGUAUCUUCGAAGCAUGUGCUAAGGGAGAUUGGUGGUGAAUCAGUACUGAAAGAAAAAGUACUCGGGAAAAUAAUAGAGAAGAACGUAAUGAGCGUUCUUGAUAUCCUUCAAGUCCUAGGUUCGACCAACGUGGCAACUUAUGGGGUUAUUCAAGAUUUGUUGAUCGAGCAUGUUCAACAGGAGGAAGACCAAAUAAAGAGAAGUCGCAAGCUAAUAAACUCGUAUGAGUCGGAGCUCGAGGCGAACAAGGAAAAAUUGCAUAGCAUACUAAGCUCAGAAGAGCCAUCCAAGAUAAAGAUCAAAAAUUUCAAGUGUUUCAUGUGUAACACAGCUCUCGAACUGCCGAUUGUCUAUUUCAAGUGUGACCACAUAUAUCAUAUGAGGUGCCUUAAUGAAGAAGCAGUAUCGGAAGAAGGUAAGAAGCUCUUCAGAUGCCCUAAAUGCUUAAUCGAGUUAGAGACUUCUGAAAAGCUCUUCCAAGCCCAACGCGAGGCCAGUACAAAACUUGAACUUUUACAAAUGGCUCUAAAUGACGAAGAAGGUACAGACGAUCGCUUCAAAAUUGUCACAGAAUUUAUAGGUAGAGGUGGGUUGGAAAGUUCUUUCAUAGCGUUAGAAAAGUAA